GGGAACCCAGUGAACAUAGGGGAAUCCCAGGGUUUAGAUGGAAACUGAAGGAAAAUGAAUUUAAUGAAUUUCACUAGAGCAGACACACCCUCACUCCACCACAGCUGAUACUACAAGCAACACAGGAUGCUCAAGCAUACAAAAGCAAAACGGAACACAACCAAGAACCAACCAACCUAACACCCAUCACGAUGAACGAAGACGACCAACUGACAGAGAGCAGGAAUGAAGAAGAAGAAAGCGCACCGAAUGAGGGAGCCACAGGAGAUUCAUCAGACACGGAUUCCGAAGACGACAUCCUCGUAUACUCCGACCGACCGCUGCACCCACGUCCAGGAGGAGGAGAAGACGACGAGGAACAUUCAUCGACGAUCGGCCUGCUGCGAAAAGAGCCCUCUGGAUCUUCCACCUCCUCCAAGAGCCCAGCAGGGCGACUCAGGGCGGCCAGCACCGGCGAACGCAGCUUCAUCUUCUCCUCCAACCUCCUCCCGCUCACCCACAGCUUCGAAACCGUCCGGCAUUCCUUGCCGUCUCUCAACUCCACCUCGGCCAUCGCACUCGUCGUCUCCAGUCAGAUCGGAUCCGGCAUCUUCUCUUCCCCCGGAAUCCUCAGUCAGAAUUGCGGAAGCCCUGGCGCCUCACUGAUCGUCUGGCUAUUAGCCGGCAUCUUGGCUUGGACUGGCGCCUCUUGUUUCGCCGAGCUGGGCGCAGCCAUCCCUGUCAAUGGCGGCGCCCAAGCCUAUCUUAAUCAUUCCUUCGGCGGCUGGGCUUCGUAUCUGUUCAUUUGGACUAAUCUGGUCGCCUUAAAACCUGGUUCGGCGGCGAUCAUCUCGAUCGUUGGGUCGGAAUAUCUAUGUCGGAUAUUAUAUCAUACAGCCUUCAAAGCGUCGCCGAGCGAAUCGGCGAAAGCGAUUCCGACGAUCGUGACGAAGCUAGUGGCGAUCGUGAUCCUGCUGACGAUCAGUGCGAUCAACGGGUUCUUUGUCAAGGCGGGCAAACACGUGCCGAUAGUGCUGACGAUCAUCAAGCUGCUCUCGCUGCUCGCCAUCAUCAUCAUGGCCCUCGUCCGCCUGGCCAAUCACCAGCAAUCCGCUAACUUCCAGCCCGACCAGGUGUUCAAAAACUCUUCUACUUCGUCCAGCGAUCUGGCCUCGGCUCUGUAUUCCGGUUUAUGGGCUUUCGACGGCUGGGAUUCCGGAAAUUACAUCGCAGGCGAACUGAAGAGAGCCAGCAAGACCUUGCCGAUCGUCAUCCACAGCUCGAUGGGAAUCGUGCUCAGCUUGAUGAUCCUCACCAACUGGUCCUACUUGAUCGUCUUGCCCAUGGAGGUCGUCACCCAAUCCAACACGAUCGGGCUCGAGUUUGGAAGAGUCAUCUUCGGCCCUAUCGGAAGCUUCGUCUUCUCCCUCAUCGUCGCUUUCGCUUGCUUCGGCGCUCUUAAUAGCUCGGUCUUUACUACUUCGAGAUUGGUCUCCGUCGCAGCUGAAGAACGAUACAUUCCCAAAGUGUUUUCCAACAUCAAUCAGAAGACUCUAACGCCUCUAAACGCUCUGGGAUUAAACGCUUUUUUGACGAUAAUCAUGAUCAGUUUCGGAGAUUUCAAAUCAUUAGUAGGAUUUUAUGGGACAUGUGCAUGGACGUUUUAUUUAUUGACUGUUGGAUCGUUGCUAUUAUUAAGGGUUAGAGAGCCCGAUUUAGAGAGGCCAUACCAGACGUGGUUGAUCAACCCAAUAACCUUCUCAACAGUGGCCUCUUUCUUGCUCUUGAUGCCCAUCUUCUCCGCCCCGAUCCAAUCUCUCGCCGCCUUCGGUUUUAUUAUUUCAGGCCUGCCGUUCUACUAUCUUACGACUAACAAAGAGCUCCGACAACUCGGGUUUUCGAAGUUGAAGUUGUUUGAUUUCAAUAGCUAUCGCCGCGAGCGUGCCAGAGACGAUCCGCGCAACUCGUUCAAAGCCUUGCAAUCUCAUGACGAGGAUGACCAAGAUCAUGAGGAGCAGCAGCAGCAGCAGGAUCAACACGGUCGUCAAAACCUUCACAGUCCCGGGCCGUAGAGAUGAUCAUUCAUC